AUGACCGACGAAAAAGUGGCCCCGGCCCCCGUGGCCCGCGUCGACACCGCCGAGCCGCGCCCGUCUUACACCGGCAGCGUCACCGUCCACCCCGACGAGAAAGGCGCAAUCGGCGGCGAAUGGACGGAGCCCGUCGUCGAUACCAAGGUCCCCGAGACCGAGGAGCACAAAGAGGAGGAUCUAUACCGCCCGCUCGUGAUGGACCCAAGCAUCCCGCAUGAGGAAAACAUCUUGACUGUGAGGGCUGUUGUCAUUGGAUGUAUCCUGGGUUCUUUGGUCAACGCGUCCAACUUGUAUCUUGGCUUGGCUGCUGCCACCGGUGCUGGAGGUAUCGCCGGUAUUUUCGUAGCUGGUAUUCCAGCCAUGUACAGACUCGGAGUCAUGGACAGCACGCCGUCCGGCGACAUUGGCAAGAUCUUCACGCUCACCAUUUGCUGUUCAUUCUUUGGCCUCUUCUUCGUCACUCCCCUGCGCAAAUUCUUCAUCAUCCGCACCGCCCGCGAGCUUAAACUUAUCUUCCCGACCUCGACCGCAACUGCCCUGACUAUUAGGUCCAUGCACUCUGGCGUAGCCGGCGCCCGCGAGGCUGUCAGCAAGCUCAAGGCUCUCGGCAUCGCCUUCGGCGCCUGCAUCGUCCACCGCGUAGCCUCGUACUACGCCAUUGGAAUCCUCUACGACUGGCACAUUAUGUCAUGGAUUCACAUUUGGUCAGGCUAUACCUCGUCGGCGAUGAAUAUUGAGUCGUGGGGAUGGUACUUCGAGUGGACGACCGCCUUCAUCGGCUCCGGCAUGCUCAUUGGCAUGAACUCUGCCUGCUCAAUGAUGGCAGGAUCGGUCCUCGCAUGGGGCGUCAUUGGCCCUACCUUGGUUCACUAUGGCGAAUGCAUCGGUGUUCAGGCCUCCGAGGACCCCAAUUGGUCGGGCCUUUACUCCUUUACCUCCCUGAAGAAUGUCGGUCAAGGUCCGCCAUCCCCCCGAUACUGGCUGCUUUGGCCCGGUGUCAUGGUAAUGGUCUGCUCCUCCAUGGGUGAGCUCCUUGUCCACUGGAAGAUCAUCUACAUUGGCUUUGCCGCCGGUUGGAAAUCCAUCUGCCUCUCCAUUCACGAGACCGCGAUGAAGAAGGGCAAGCGCAUCGGAUUCUUCGCAAAGUACGCCGAGAGAGAAGAAAAGCGCGACGCGGAUUACGUCGAAGACCCAGCGACACCCGAACAACAGGUAAAGACUUGGAUCUGGGUCCUCGGUCUCUUCGCGUCCAUCAUCUUGGCCUGCAUCGUCAUGGGCCUGCAGUGGCAGGUCAACGUCGGCGUCACUAUCCUCGCCCUGAUCCUCGCCUUUCUCUUCUCUUUCCUUGCCAUCCAGAUCGGUGGCGUCACGGAUCAGACACCCCUGACUGCCGCCGCCAAGGCAGCUCAGUUGGUCAUUGGUGGUACUACCACUGGCGCAGGAUAUACCGUUCAGCACGCUCAACGUAUCAACCUCAUCUCCGCCGGCCUGGCCGCUGGUGCUGCUGACGUUGCCACGGCUCUGACGUCCGAUUUCCGUACUGGGUUUUUGCUUGGCACCCCUCCUAACAAGCAGUUCAUCGCCCAAGCUAUCGGCACCUUCGUCUCGGUUUGGCUUGCGCCCGGCCUAUUCGUGCUGUUCACCACCGCAUAUCCCUGCAUCACGGACGCAGAGCUCGAGCACUGCCCGUUCCUAGUUCCUUCCGUCAGUGCCUGGGCUGCGGUGGCCGAGGUUGUAACCAGCCCCAACGUCCCGAUCCCUCGGUCUUCCGGCAUCUUCGCUAUUGUCCUCGGCAUCUUUUCCAUUCUUCAGGUUAUCUUCCGCCACUACUACCUGGUUGGACCCCGCGAAAAGUACCAGGAAUGGCUUCCUAACUGGGGUGCCAUCGCUCUGUCUUUUGUCAUUCCCGGUCCCGUCUUCGUCAACGCCGCGUUCCUCGGUGCCAUCAUCGCCUUUGUUUGGCGUCGCUGGAAGCCAGCUUCCUUUGAGCUCAUAUGUUUUGCGGUGGCCAGUGGGUGUAUCGCGGGCGAAGGCAUGGGAGGCGUUAUUGGCGCUGCUCUCCAACUGGGCAAUGUUUCCAGCGACAGAUAUGGAACCGGAGGUUUGGCUUGCCCUGACAAUGCCUGCUAA